AUCUGCUUGUUUUCUUACUCUGGCCACCCCAAUACUCAAAGCUCAUUAGCCCCAACACUGAUACGGAAACAAAAGUCAAGGCCGACCAGACUUCUGAUUUUAGCACUAGGCUGCUUUGAUUCACUGCACUCCGGUUCUACCAUGUCCCAUCUCGCACAAGGUCUUUCGCAUGACCCGUCAGUCAGGCGCAAGCCUGUCACUUACACCAGGGUUGAUGCAACUCAAUCGACAGAUACGCAUCCCCCGAGUUCACUAGAAGAAGAGGUCAAGACCGCCCAAUGGCGAGUAGGAUGGCAAACACCUGCCAAAAUGGUCGGUUUACUAGUGUUUGGGACGAUUUCAGCUAUUGGCCAUCACCUAUACUAUUUGUCUCUCGACGGAACCCCUGUGAGAACUCGAGAGGGUGGUGCCCGGCCUUGGACAACACAGGAGUGGAUCUCGAGGUAUGGCCUCGCCCUUGCGUUUACCACCAAAACUUGUCUCGCGUGUGCCGUGGCCGUGGCAUACAAGCAGCGCAUUUGGACCAAUUUCCGGCGGCGACCGUACUCCGUGUCCGGCAUCAAUGCUAUAUAUGAUGCCACGACGGAUAUGCUAUCUUUCAUGAAUUGGGAAUUUCUUUGGAGAGCCAAGAUGGCCACUUUUCUUGCGAUUUUGACAUGGACUAUUCCUCUCUCUGCCCUCAUCACUCCUUCUUCCCUUCUUGUCACCUUGAGAAAUCGGGAUUCUCAAAUCUCAAUUACCGUCCCGACACUGGAAUUCGACAACAGCUCGUCGUACAGGUUUGAAGGAAUGGCUGGCAAUGUUUCUCCCCUCUUAAUGAGAGUCACUUCCGCGACAGCUUCCGGUGGCGAGAUCUUGCCCAUGGCUCUGGAGGCAUUGAAUACAUCUUAUACCUUGCAGUUCGACGGUCCGUCUCUGAAAUGCGAUAAUGCGACUGGCUUCAUGUUAAAAUUCCUUGACAUUAUUCAAGGGGAGGCGGUCAGCGUCGUAGGCGGCAGCGCUGGUGGCCAAGCGAUCUAUCUGUCUCUCACGGCUGAUUCCAGUUACUUGGAGCUCACUUCUACAGACACAGACUACCACAACUUAUCGGCAUGGAAUUUCUCCAAGAUGAACGAAGAAUGUUUGCAAGGUCGUGGAGCAUGCCCAUAUCAACCUCAACCUGAAGGCCAUCCUGGCUCUUACCCGUUGCUGGUGAGCCUUCAUGACGAAAGACUGGUAUGCUCUCUUCAGAAUACCACGUACAACAUUCGAUUCGGCUCUUCAGGUACCACCCAAGUUAUUUCCGUUACGCAUCCGUACAGCUUCAAAUGGAGAGGCACGGCCAAUAUCACGAGCAGCGAUACUGCUUAUGUCGCGGCAGCUCAAGCCGUAGCGAAUCUACUGAACGGCGCCAUUAGCAAGCAGAGGUCUGGCGGUAGUAGUCAUCAGUACACUGUCACUUCUACGGAUCUCAAGACUAUUGGUACUAGUAUUAUGCAAACAUUACUCAUUGGAACCAUCAACCCGUCCAACGAUGACGGGUGGGGCGAGGAUCUACCACAAUUCCCGGCAGAGGAUCGUGGACUGGCCCGAGGCUUGCCAAUUGGACGCUUGAUCGAGGAGUUGUCAAGAAACCAGACUCUAAGUCUUUUCAGUUCACGCAGGUUCUGGACUGGCGAAGACAGAUGGGCAAACAAAAAUGCAACGCAGACCUUGUCUAUUAAUAUAUGGGAGUACCGGAUGCGGAAUCUCUGGCUCUCGAACGGCCUCGCAAUUCUGGGCGCAAGCUUCGGUGUUCUCGUUGGCCUUUAUGCUGUAUACCAGAAUGGUGUCAGCCACAACACGAGCUUCUGCGAUAUCAUGGCAAUGACACGAAACGAAACUUUAGACGAGAUUACCAAAAGAUCAUCACUUGGAGGCGAUACGGUAGCCAAGGAGCUCCGACAGACGAAGUUGUUAUUUGGUGUUUUGAAUCCCAAAGAAAACACCACUGCUGCCCCUCGCGCAGCAUUUGGUAUUCCAGCGGAGAUAUCCCAGUUGCAAAAAGGACAGGUGGUGAUGUAAGGAAACAAGAAUUGACGGCCGGACGGAAUUACUCUGCGAUUCAGUUAGUAAACCAAUCAGUUAGUCAGUUGAAUUACUUUUUGCAUGACACAAGGUAAUCAAAUAGCCUGGGAAAAUUCUCUAAUACUUUAUGUAUUAAGCUUCCCCGACCCAGAGAAUAAUCACCCUAUAUUAACA